CAGGCUGCCAGGCUUCUUCUCUUACCUCUCGAUGGAUUAUCUGCGAACAUUGGGCUCAGCGGCUGUUUCCACCCUCGUCCAGAAAUCCGGCCUCAAUUUACCCUUCUCUUUGGGAACGAAAGUAAUAUUGUUGAACGGUGUAUGCAACCUGUACGAUGCCACAAAGAGAGAUGACUCGAGUCCGGUAUCUGUUUUCGAAUACGAUUUCUCUCAACGACGUGAUAUAGCACCACUCGCAAAAAAUGCCCUCCGGAAACUUCGUACUAUUCGCCAUCCAGAUGUUCUAAAGUUCAUGGACGUUGUUGAGACAGACACCACAAUACAUAUCAUGACAGAGCGUGUUCGACCACUUCAAUCAGCUCUACAAUUAUGGACCUCAAAAAGUGUACGAGAGAAAGAAGACUGGCUCUUGUGGGGACUCCACCGGAUAUCUGUCGCGUUGGCUUUCAUCAACGAGUCAUGUUUUUCGACCCAUGGGGCAGUCCAAGUAGGAUCCGUAUUUUUGUCACCGUCGGGAGAAUGGAAGCUCGGCGGAUUCGAGUUGUUGAGUAAUCCGAAGGAGGAGGGUGCAGUGCUUUAUUCUAUGGCAAGCAUUCUUCCUGGGAGCGAUGGGUGGUCCCCGCCAGAAGUAAAGAAGAAUGGCUGGUCUUCGUUAAAACAAAAUGAACCAGCGUCAGCCGACGCGUAUGCAUUGGGACUAUUACUCAACGCAACUUUCAACCCUGAUAAUCAUCCUCCGCCCACCGCGAACCCCCCUCAUCCUCCUCCCGCCCCUACUACUCGAGGAAAUAUUCCCACAGCAAUUUUUCCUCUAUUCAAAAGACUCUUGAAUCCAAAUCCCAAGGGACGAUUAACGCCUAAAGGUUUAAUGGAAAUUGGUAUGGCAGAUAGUGGGUUCUUCUCCAACAAUCCAUUGGUAAAAGUCUGCAUUGGCUUGGAUAAUUUCGCGCUCGGAAGUGAAGGUGAAAAGGCGUCGUUGCUUCGCAUGUUAAACGAGUCCCUCGGUUCGUUCCCUUCGGAGCUGACCAUUUAUCGGGUUCUUCCUUCCAUAGUAUCCGCCCUCGAGUACGGUGGAGCAUCUGCUACAACAAUCAUCCCUCUAGUAGUGAAGAUCGGCAAAGACGUAUCUCAGGAGGAGUACAACAAUGUCGUCCUGUCACCCAUAGUGAAGUUAUUCGCCAGUCCCGAUCGAGGAAUCCGAAUGGCAUUACUCGACAACUUGCCGGAAUUUGCGGACAAACUCGAUAAAAAGACCGUUGACGGGAAGAUAUUUCCCCAUCUCCAAACAGGAUUUUCUGAUAAUGUUGCUGUAAUUCGUGAAGCAACCCUCAAAGCCAUUCCUCUUCUGUCCUCCAAACUUAGCGAUCGAACUCUUAAUAACGAUCUGCUCCGAUUCCUCGCCAAAUUGCAAAACGAUCCGGAAGCCUCAAUCCGCACCAACACCUGCAUCUUGAUCGGUCGUUUAGGUCCAACUCUGGGGUACAACACAAAACGCAAAGUUCUAGUACCAGCAUUUUUGCGAGCUCUGAAAGACCCUUUUGUUCAUGCCCGUGUAGCUGCGCUGAUGGCCUUCAUGGCUACGAUUGAUUGUUUCGAAAACGAAGAGCUGGCUACGAAAGUGAUUCCUAACAUGUCGUUCUCCUUGGUCGAUAAAGACAAACUCGUGAGAGAUCAGGCUUUCAAGGCUAUGGAGCUCUUUGUUAAGAAACUGGAAACAUAUGUGGCCACGUUGCCGGAAACUGCACUCAAUCACCUGGACAAAUUUGGAGGGGAGAAUGCGAUUGUAUCUGGUCAGACAACUCUAGUCAAUUCGGCCGCAGGUGCAGCUGGUGCGCUCGCAGGCUGGGCCAUGUCGUCACUCGGUAAACGGCUUGUUUCUUCAGAUAUGCAGACAACCAUGGCAACGGCUACCGAUAUGAACCGACCAACAUCAGUCCCUCCCGCUGACAACUCACGUAUAGGCUCUCUGCAACCCAGUCCUCUGCCUGCUUCCCCUUCUGCCGCCAAUUCUGUUGUAUCUUCUCCCACCCUUCCCAGCUAUACUCCUUCAGCUUCCAAAGCCAAGAGCUUACAUUUAGGUGCCAACAAAAAACCAUCUAGUGUAGCUGCUGCCUCUUUGGCUCAACAAUUGGCUGAAGAAGCUGCCGCCGAAGACGGCGUGGACUCAAACCCUUGGGGAAAUGACGAUCUAAUGGAUGUCAAUGCUGAUCAGGAUGACUGGAGCGCUUUUGAAAGUGCCCCAAGUGAAGCAAUGGCACCAGCGCCUGUCGUUCCCAUUCCGAUCGCACCGAAACCCGUUAUAGCACCGAAAACACUAACCCCUCCGACCGGAUGGGACACGGGGGAAUGGGAUGACGGCCCUGGUAUCACCCGCUCGCCCUCACCAGCAACGGCCACCCCAUCUCUUCCCUCGACGAUGUCUAAGGAAGAGAAAGCGGCAGAAAUGGCGAGACGUAAGGAGGAACGCAGACAGCGAAUCGCCCGGAUGAAAGAACAGAAAAAGAACGCUGCGCAAUGA